ACGUCCACGCAAUCGAACCGCCACGCCUACAAUCAAAGUGCUGCACGUCCGGUGUAGUGGAGGAGACAAGGAAGCAUAACGCACCACGGCUGCGCCGAACUCUAGUCCUUUGCCCCUGUUGGCCUGCUUGCGCGCUCGGUGUAUGCUCAUCCUUGGGCAACGAACGCCGACGUCCCUACCGUUUCACCGCCAAAGGCAGCUCCGCCGCGCCUUCAAUAGGCUAGAUUGAGUGUGGGGGAUAAGAUCAUACAGCUUCAGAGGUUGUUGGGAGGUGAUCCGUGGAACAACCGUACACAAUGUCGUUGUCCAUCCCUGAGCUGGACAGCACCGUCCGUGCCUUCUACGAAGGCCGUGGAGAGACUCAAAAGCAAGCACAAGCUACUCUCAAUCAGUUCAAAGAGAAUCCAGAUGCAUGGCUUCUCGUAGACAAGAUAUUGCAGGAGGCGCAGUAUCCGCAGACUAAGUACUUAGGACUACAGGUUCUUGAUCAUGUCAUUAUGACCAGGUGGAAGGUGCUCCCUCGCGACCAGUGUCAAGGGAUUCGCAACUUUGUCGUCAACUUCAUCAUCCAACUAUCCAAUAACGAGUCUGGAGUACCUGCGGAUCGGACUCUCCUCAACAAACUCAACCUGGUCCUCGUAUCCGUCCUCAAGCAAGAAUGGCCUCACAACUGGCCUACUUUCAUCAACGAGAUCAUAUCAUCCUGUCACAGCAGCCUUGCAAUCUGCGAGAACAAUAUGGUCAUCUUGAGAUUGCUUUCAGAAGAAGUAUUCGACUAUUCGGAAGACCAAUUGACGUCGUCAAAAAGGCGCGAGCUGAAGCAGAGCAUGUGCGACGAGUUCACCUCGAUCUACCAGCUUUGCUCCGAAGUCCUCCGAACAGCGACCCAAGCAAGCCUCAUCAAAGCCACUCUGGAAACACUUCUGAGGUUCCUCAAUUGGAUACCUCUGGGCUACAUAUUCGAAACCCCGCCAACUGGCGCAAGCCUGAUCGAAACGCUUCGAAGCCGUUUCCUGGAGGUCCCUGAUUUCCGAAAUAUCACGCUCAAGUGUCUGACCGAGAUAGCUGGUCUCCACACUGAACCAGUAUAUGAUGAUAAACUUGUCCAGAUGUUCACUGAGACAUUAACAGCCAUCUCCAAGAUCAUUCCCUUAUCACUGGAUCUGAAGACUACUUACGCAUCCAGCAACAGCGAGGACCAAGAGUUUGUCCAAAACCUCGCAUUAUUUCUCACUAAUUUCUUUACGGAGCAUUUGAGCGUUAUUGAAAAUCUCAUGAACCGAGACUACCUCACACAUGGCCAUUUCUACCUGAUCCGUAUCAGUCAGAUCGACGACCGGGAGAUUUUCAAGAUUUGCUUGGAAUAUUGGACCAAGCUCGUCCAGGGUCUCUACGAUGAAAUGCAAGCUCUGCCUAUAACCGACGUAAAUCCGCUUUUGCAGAUGGGCAUCGGUGCCACGAAUGGGGGUGCUCGUGAUCCCGCUCUCCUAGCGAAUUAUCCUCUCCGCAAACACAAAUAUGCCGAGAUCCUGUCGAACCUCCGUACCGUCAUGAUCGAGAAGAUGGUUCGGCCAGAGGAGGUUUUGAUUGUCGAGAACGAUGAAGGAGAAAUCGUCCGCGAAUUUGUGAAAGAGAGUGAUACCAUUCAACUCUACAAGUCUACGAGAGAGUGCCUGGUUUACCUGACGCAUCUAGAUGUCAAUGACACCGAGCAGAUCAUGUCGGAGAAGCUGGCCCGUCAGGUUGACGGCACUGAAUGGUCAUGGGCCAACUGCAACACUCUCUGCUGGGCCAUUGGCUCCAUCUCCGGUGCAAUGAACGAAGAGACAGAAAAGCGGUUCCUGGUUACCGUGAUUAAGGAUCUCCUUGGACUCACAGAGAUGAAACGUGGAAAAGACAACAAAGCCGUCGUGGCGAGCAACAUCAUGUAUAUUGUCGGACAAUACCCACGUUUCCUCAAAGCUCACUGGAAAUUCUUGAAGACAGUUGUCAACAAGCUCUUUGAAUUCAUGCACGAGACCCAUGAGGGUGUGCAAGACAUGGCGUGCGACACAUUCAUCAAGAUUGCCAACAAGUGCAGGCGGCAUUUUGUGGCGUUACAACCAGGCGAGGUUGAGCCAUUUAUCGACGAGAUUGUUCGUACGCUUCCGAAAAUCACACGCGAUCUUUCGCCGCAGCAAAUCCACACUUUCUACGAGGCUUGUGGUUACAUGAUUAGCGCUCAAGGUCAGAAGAAUGUGCGUGAUGGGCUGAUCGAACACUUGAUGGAGCUUCCGAACUCAGCGUGGGAUCGUAUCAUUGCUCAGGCGAACCAAGAUCCGGCAUGCCUACAAGAUCCGGAGGUUAUCAAGAUAGUCGGCAACAUCAUGAAGACCAACGUGGCGGCGUGCAGCUCAAUCGGAUCCUACUUCUACCCUCAAAUCGGGCGCAUUUACUUCGACAUGUUGACCAUGUACCGGGCGAGCAGCAACCUUAUCAACCAGGCCGUUCAGCGAGAUGGGAACAUUGCGACGAAGAUGCCUAGAGUCCGAGGGCUGCGCACGAUCAAGAAGGAGAUACUCAAACUGAUCAACAUCUACGUAGAAAAGGCCGACGACCUCGAGAUGAUCCAUAACAACCUCGUGCCCAAGCUAUUGGAAGCUGUCCUUCUCGACUACAAGAGCAACGUUCCCGAUGCACGCGAGGCCGAGGUUCUGAAUGUGAUGACUACCAUCAUAAACAAGCUACAUAGUCUCAUGGAAGACCAGAUUAUGAAUAUCAUGGACAGCGUCUUUGAAUGCACGCUGGAGAUGAUCAACAAGGAUUUCUCGGAGUACCCUGAGCAUCGAGUAGAGUUUUUCAAGCUCCUGAGAACGAUCAACCUCCGUUGCUUCCCUGCUCUCCUGCAAUUGGACGCCCGGUCAUUCAAGUUUGUCAUCGACUCAUGCAUGUGGGCGAGCAAACACGACAACCGGGAAGUGGAAAGCGCAGGGCUUUCCAUGUGCUACGAGCUGAUAUCCAACAUGGCCGAGACGGAUCCGCAGAUUUGCAACAACUUCUUCCAGACCUUCUUCACUGGAAUCUUGCAAGAUGUGUUCUUCGUCCUGACAGACAGCGACCACAAGGCGGGCUUCAAGUCUCAGUCCAUGCUGUUGGCCAAGAUGUUCUGGCUUGUUGAGUCUGGCAAGAUUACGGGUCCCAUUUACCCGCCCAAUGUUGCCGCUGAAGGGACGUCGAAUCAUGAGUUCCUGCGCAACUUUGUCGGGACCCUUCUUUCAACUGCUUUCCCCAAUCUACAAGCGGCACAAAUUGCGUCGUUUAUCGACGGUCUCUUCGCUACCAACUCGGACCUCAACAAGUUCAAGGUCAUCCUUCGUGACUUCCUGAUCUCGCUCAAGGAGUUUGCGGGUGACAACGCAGAGCUCUUCGCGGAAGAGCGCGAGCAGGCAGCGAACAAGGCGAGGGAGGAAGAGCGCGAGCGAGCCAUGAAAAUCGGCGGUCUGCUGAAGCCGGCGGAAAUGGACGACGAUGAGCUGUGACUUGAUGAAGAGUUGAGUGGCGAAGUAGCUACGCGUACGCCUUGGGACAGGGUUGGGGAGAGUGGUGGGUUGGGUGGGCCACAUGUCACUUCGAAGCGCUCGGAUGACCUGGACGGUUGGGGAGCCUACGACCUGUAGGAAAAACGAGGCUGGCCAGUGGCUAGGUUAGAGUGGUAGACUAGGAAGCCAUGGCCCGUAUCUAUGUCGGCGAAGGGGCUCUUUAGCGUAGAUGGCCUGGAUUUCUUAUCUGAGGGAGACCAGCG